AUGCUGGCAGGAAUUGUUUCAGGUAAGUCUAAAAUACUGUUUUCUUCUUGGUUUAGGAUCUUGUAUUAAUUGUCGAACGGAAAGAACACUUUCUUUAGCUCAAUUUAUAAUUAAUUUUUUAUUUUUAGUGUUGUCUGCAGUAAGAGUCAAUGAUAACAUUCACAUUAAGCUAACGAGUAUUCUAAACCCGUGUAUGCGAUUGCUCAAUGGUACACACACAUUUGGAUGUCAAUGUAAGUGGAUUUUCACCAUUAUUAUUUUGAAUUUAGCUGGAAGAGAAGGAAAUGUUGGUGUCGUGAUUGAGAUCAAGGAAUACGAAGAGAUUGAGGCGGCCGUUAAAAGUUUGCCAUGGGGAUUCAGCGAGCUCAUAGCACUGGUCGCUGUGAAUGAUUUAACAAGGUAAGGGCUUGGCCGCUGUGCUUUGCUAUGUUUUGGGAAGGUUUUUAUUAUAUUAUUCUCCUUUUAGUGAGUUGUUAUCAAAACUGGUAACUUCUACAAGUAUAUCUGGAAUUCUCUUGGUCCGAGAUCGUACUCGACCCUUUGACGGAUUUUCUGAGGAUGGGAUCAGCCCAAAUAAGGAGUAUUGUAAGUUGUUUCAACCAAAUGUUCCUUUUCUGUCAUGUAUAAUAUCGGGAAAUGGCGAAAACCUUUUUUCAAAUUGAUGUAAUUUGACUCUUACUGUUUCCAGCUCUGUAUGGAGAAGAAACCUUAAACUGGAAUGAGUUUGGUGCCUUAUCGGCGAGUGGAUUUCUCAAAACAAACGUCGAAAAACCAAUUUUCUUCAUCAGAAAUUCAACUGAAGUCGAAUUGCUCUACAAAAACGUAAGGGAAAUUUUUUCUUUGUAUUCUGAUUUUUAGUGUUACCACGCCUUUAAUUCAAAACAGAGCCUAUUUCGAGAACGAUGUGUUGCUCGACUCCAGAGCUUUAUGCUGGGUGCUGGGGAUGCUCGAUUGUGCAGAUUAAAGGAGGCAAAGUUUAGUAUGACUAGUGCAGAGUGAGUUGACAAGUCUUUGAGUGAUUAUGUUACAAUUUAGUGUCCGAAUAUGCGAUCCGUUGAAUGAUUACAAUGUGUUCUCCAUGAUUCCAGCAGUGAAUGCAGCUGUUCCGAAAGCGAAUUUAAUGGUGGUUGCGGCAAGAGUAGGUUCAAGUUUUCAGUUGUGGCUCAAAAUUUGUGGUUGUGGUUUGAGUCACGGUUUUAGAAGGAUUCAUUGUUUUUAUGAACGAAAGUUAUAUUAUACUUGGCAUUAAAUUUUUUUUGUUGAUUUUUUAUACCGAAGUGGUCUUGUUCUAGGAUUUGUAAAUAUUUAUGAUUUUGUUGUUUCCUUUUAAUAUUUGCACCUUUCCAAUCAGAUGUUAUAUUAGACUUGCCUUCAGAUGGACUCGGCCAGUAUAUUCAGUGAUUCCACUGGUGGCGACGUCUCAGUUCUGGUCUCUCUGAUCUCCCAACUCUCGGCUGCCAAGGCCGUUGGCUCCAAUCGCCCCAAAUUCGAAGCCAUGGCGUCGAAAUCGAAGCGUCAAGUGCUCUUUUCUUUCUUUCACGGAGAAUCCUUUGGUUACAUUGGAAGCUCAAGAUGGAUAUAUGAUUUGGAAGAGAAUGCCAAGAACAAGUCGAAGAUUACCAAGCCAGAGAAGUUUAUGAAGAGUUUGGUGCUGAACGAUCUUUCGGUUAUGGUGGAGACGGGACUUUUCUCGGAUUCAAGUCAAAUUUAUGCCCAUGCCGAUGGAAAUGUGGUCAAGAAGUUUAAAUUGGAGGUGCGCAAGGGGUUUGCGAUGGGAAAUGGAGGUUUUUCAGAUGUGUUUUUGGAUUUUUUAUCUUAUCCAUGGCAAAAAGUGGAGUUUUUUUUUUGGGUAGAAAUGGACAAUAAUUAAUAAAUUGAGGUGUUUAAAGGUGUCGUAUAGCCGUUUCGAGACCCGAGUUUGAAGUCUAGUUAAAUUUUUUUGUCUAAAUUUUUAGUUUUUUUGGAUAUUGCACAUGAUGACUUUUAUAAAAUUUUACUUCCAGAUGGACCAACUCGCCGAAAAUUUGAAGAAAUCCCAGAAGAAAAUUGAGACCCUCUUUGAUGAUGACCAUUCCCAGCUGCCUCCAAGCUCAAUCUACUCGGUGUUGAAGAAAAAAUCGAUCCCAAGUCUUCUCCUAUCCCCAUUCAAGGACAAAUACACGACGAAAACGUUGAACUCUUUCUUUGACACCCAAUUAUAUGAGCAUCCAGAGAAGCGGGAUACUGUAAUUAAAGCGGCGAAAGACGUGGCCGAAGUUAUUCGAGAUGUUGUAGUGGGUCAUGUGGGUGGGGAUGGGGCCAAACCGGAUGAUUUCAAAGUGGACCAGCAAUAUGUAAGAUACAUCAUGACUUAAAACGGGAAUUUAAUCGAAUUUCAGGUCGAGAAAUUGGUGGAUUGCCUGAUCUUUGACCCGUUUUGGAACUGCUCCUUCUUCCAAAAAAUCUUCACGAAUAGCACUGUAAUUUACCAUCUGAACUCCCACAACACAUACAUCAGAGUGGGUGGAGUGUCGACGAUCAGAGCGAUUACUUCGGCUCUCUUAAUUGAAGCCACUGGCGACACUCAAAGCGCGUUGAAUGUUAAGCAUGAAGAUGAAUGUCUGGCCAAAAAUAAGGAUCAGAAUGUAAGUUUGGGAGUUUUAUUUGAUCUUAUUGGAACCAAUUUUGAAUAGAAAGUAGUUUGGAAAUAGCAAACCUUAAGAAAAUUGAGUUUAUAAUUUGUGAUGGAUAUUGUUUUAGUUGUACGUAUACUACUGGCAGUUGAAUGUUGAGAAAAAUGAAUUCGCAUGCUACAAGACGACUGUAUAUAACACCGUAGCCAAGUCCCCGGCAUUUGAAAUUGAAGGUAAGAGGAGAAUUGGGGGCUUUGCCGGGUGUGUUUGCGUAGUCGAGUGGUUGUGGGCUUGAUUUUGACUCGAAAAGAGUCGAGUUUGAUCCCCUGCCGCAUCUCCUUAUCGGCCCUCGGUUUUUUAUAGCUGAACGGCUCAUUAAAAAGGUGCCAAAGUAAAAGAUCCUUCGCAGUACCGGACCAAUUGUUUAGUGUGGUACUGGUUCUAGAAAGGAGAGACAUAUUUUUGAGAAUCUUGGCUAAAAGACUUGGAAAAAGUUUGAUUUUUUAAAUUUUCAUGUGAUUUUUUAGACUACGACCUCUCGAAUUCAACCUACUCGACCUUUAUGGAAUCUCGCUGGGAGUCCGUGGAACUCGAGCUUUACUUAAAAGCCGAUAAUCAGCUACUCAUCGAAGCCGCUGUAACGGCGUUGAUCGUCCUGGCCUUAAGUGUAAUUUUGGUCAUCUUCCUCAACGAUUCGUGGCUUGUUGAUCGCGCUGGAACAGGCCCAACGGCUGUGUGA